CUCUAGUCUUUGGAGGGGUACCUGAAGCCAUGGCUCACCAUUUUAGGUCAUAUGUGACCAUCCGUCUGUUUUGUUACUUUAUCAGUUUUUACUUAGUCCGAAUCUGCUACGCUCGUUCCAUUUGUAGUAUUGUAGAUCAGAGAUCUGCCAUUGUUGGUGACCGUUUAUUCUUUUCAAGUGGUAAUUACACCUUCGACGACGAUGGAAAGACGCUUCAUAAUACAUCGUCACUUUAUUGGCUCAGCCUUAAUAACGAGAUAGAUGUUUCGGGGCCUAUUGACAUGUCUUUACUUGGUUCAUCUGACCUACCGAGUGAUGCUCUCACCGGCGGUAAGAGCCCUGUCAGUGGUGGUUCUGCUGGUACCUUCUUUUAUGAUCGGACAUCUCUAUAUGCCUAUGCUGGAAUGGUCGGGCCUGAAGCCGAUGGUGUGAAUAAUGCGCUGUGGUCUUUUAACACGACAGACGACACAUGGAAAUUGGUCCAAAUCCAAGGUGGGAAGAUCUCGUUCGGUAAUAACAGCGAGGGUGUUCAUGCCAGCGACACCAGUUCCGGUAUGUCUUUUUACACCGGCGGUUGGACUAUGGCAUAUAAUGGCACACACAAUGGUACCGUCAAGUUCCAAUCUUUCAAUUCGGAUACGCCACAAUGGAGCUUUGAGACUGCUACGGCUGGUAUCCAGGGUCCGGAUAUCCUCAAGGGUGCUAUGGUAUAUCUACGAAAAGGUCAAUCGGGCGUGCUUCUCGCCUUCGGUGGAUACCAGACAGCCUAUCGCGGUACCGAGUUCGCUGCAUGGGACUGGGAUAGGCGACCUUUCAGCGAUAUCUUCGUUUACGAUAUAUUCUCGAACACAUGGUACCUUCAGCAAGCCACUGGCGACCUCCCUAGUCUUCGUACGGAAUUCUGCGCUGGCGUUUCGGCUGCGCCUGACGAUUCUAGCUUCCAGGUGACUAUACAUGGGGGCUGGGACCAACUACGCGGACGCGCUUUUAACGACGUUUAUGUGUUGAGCAUCCCUGCUUUUCGCUGGAUCAAGGUUGACGAUUCCAAUAACCCGGACUUACUAGGUUCUGAUUCGCCUGGUCGAAAUCGGCUUAAGUGCGAUGUGUGGAAUGAAACGCAACUUAUCGUGUCUGGGGGUAUGAUAUCACUCGGUACGGGUGGUAUCGUCAAUCUGAACGAAGAGUGCAACAAGACCUAUCCGCCGUUUAAAGUGCUAGACACUUCGACAUAUACAUGGCGGACUAAUUUCGAUCCUAGCCGACAGUAUUCAGUACCUGACACCGUCACGGCAAUAAUAGGCGGAAAAUCUUCUGGCGGCGCGACUCUCAAGGCUCCCUCUACCGGCUGGGAUUCUCAAGACCUAGAAACCAUAUUCAGCCAGACGAUGCCCAGAGACACAAGUAGUUCAGAUCCCAAGUUAUCGAACACCCCAGACUCCACUACCACACCUGUUCUUAGUAAUGAAGUCGGUGGAUUAACCCAAGGCGGCAUUGCGGGCAUUGCCAUUGCCGCGGCCGUAGUUGUAAUUGCUGCGAUAGUUGGCAUGUUAGUAUGGUUUAAAAGAAAACGUGCCAAAGUCGAAAAGGACCCAAUAAUAAUUCCAGAAAAUGAUUGGCAGAAACCAGAGCUGGAAGCAGUUAAUAACGUGCGACAUGAGCUGGAUAACCCGGAAACCCGACCGUGCGAGGUACCUGGCAGUGGGGGACGAUGGGAACUCCCGGCGCCACAGCGGUAUGUAGAAUUACAAUAGUAGGAGCCAAAAGGGAUUAAAUAAAACAGAAUAGAGUCCUUAGUAAUACUACAUACCCGUAUUAGU